GCCUCGUGGGCACUGAGGACGGAUCAGAAGAGUGAGGCCUGAGAGAACAGGAGAAAUAUGAGUGGGCAAGUGGCAUCAACAUUGGAACGUACAGAUCACGAUUCCUCCCAGCUGGAUGAACCUGUGGUUGACCAGCAGCCCAGUGUUGAGCAACCUGAACAAGAGGAACCACCAGCUGAGAUUCAGGAUAUCACACCUAGAAAGGAGGAGGUACAUGGAGAGGAUCCAGUGAAUCGUGAUGAAGAGGAGGAGAAGGAUGCCUCUGAAGAUUCUGGCCUGGAAGCUGAUCUCCAGGAAUUGUCUGUGGCAAAGACUGGGGGUGAAGGUGGAGAUGGUCCCGAUGUCAGGGAGGAGUUUGCAUCCAAUAUAGAGCCUGUUGAAAUGCCAGAAGCAGGUGAAGGGCAACCAUUUGCUUGAAUGAAGAGAAACUGAAACCAUC